AUGUACGAUGUAUUUAUCUUAAACUAUUAUUUCACAGUGCCUCCAAAAACUACUAAUCCACCAGAGCCAAGGUCUCUGCUUGCCAUUGGAGAAAACCACACUCUGACUUGUAAGGCAUUUGGUGACCCUCUUCCGAAGAUUACUUGGACAAAAGAUGGUGUUCCUGUGGACAAGAUUGAUGUGACAGGUUACCACUUUCAUCUAAACAAUGUGAAGUUAGAGGAUGUAGGAUCAUACAGAUGUACGGCUAGUAACGGAUAUGGAGAUGAUGCCACCACUAUCAGCAUCGUUGGCAUAAGAUGUAACGAUUGUGAAAUAAAGACAGUUGAAAUAACAUUACAAAGUGAAAUUUGGAAUUCAGCUUUGAUGCCUCCAAAAAUUACCAAUCCACCAGAGCCAAGGUCUCUGCUUGCCAUUGGAGUAAACCACACUCUGACCUGUAAGGCAUUUGGUGACCCUCUUCCGAAGACUACUUGGACAAAAGAUGGUGUUCCUGUGGACAAGUUUGAUUUGACAGGUAACGAUUGUGAAAUAAAGACAGUUGGAAUAACAUUACAAAGUGAAAUUUGGAAUUCAGCUUUGAGCAACCAACAGUCGGAUUCUAAGGUUUAUGCCAAAAAUCCAGCAAAACAACUGUACUCAGUGGGUCUUGUUUAUUUCAGUAGAUUUGGUAGUGUUGUUGCUACAGUAAAGAUGGAGUUUGGAAAAUCUGUCACUGACCCUUUGAAACCAAUGGAAGAUGAAAUCAAAUUAAAGAUGGGAAGCUUGGGGCAUUCACAGUUCGCCGUGAACUUGCAUUGA